UUUUUUUUUCAUCUGGACUAUUGACGUACUAAUCUCGUUUUACAACUCACACGUGGUAUAAAGAAGGUGCCUACCUACCUAGUGUACGAAGUACCCGACUACCUAUGCAAAGUUAGUGGUUAGGCAGACAGGUACGUAAUGUAUGUAUGUAUGGAUGGAUGUAUGUAGGAUGCGAUUAGGACGACAUCGUGUCAAAUGCGGCGCAGUAAGGGGAGGAUGGAUGGAUGGAUGGAAAAAACGAACGAACGAACAAACAAACAAACGGGCAAAGCCGACGCUAAGCCAAGUACUAGGUGUAGGUAUGUACCUAUGGAUGCUAGUCGCGAUCCAUCGCGUUUAUGAUACAUACAUCAUAUGUAUGUAUGUCCGGUCGUUGCUACAUGUAUGUGUAGGUAGGUAUGUGCUGUUCCGGAUUCCGAGGGUGGGGUAUGCAGUUAUUCGGGAUUAAGAGCUGGAGAUGCAUGUGAGGAUGAGGAUGAGGAUGAGGAUGCGGAUGCGGAAGAAGAAUGCCUAGUACAUGGUAUGUAGGUAUAUGCCAUGUAUGUAUCUCGUAUAAGGCUGAGAAGACAGGGAGUGCGAAACCGCGUACAUCAUAUUGAAAUGCGU